UUGCAAUCCAGUAUUUUGUUCAUUUCUAGCUGACAGCAUUGCUGGGUGCCAAUGACAGCCAUUCAUUAAUUUGACGUACACACCCCACAUAAAGAAAGACUGACGGAACACACCCUGAAUUCAACACGAGACAACCGUGAAGGUGUUGGUAUCUAAGAAAGAGGAACCCGAUUAGUUGACACUUAUAAAGUUAUUGUAUAGAUGUCGACAGCACUUGCAACAGCUCUUCAAGAAUGGGAUAUUCGGGAGAAAGAACUGCAGCAGAUUCAGGAGACCCAUCGACUUUACAUACAGAAGUUAGAUGAAGUCUCUAAACUUCAAAAGAACUUUGCUGCCUCCAUCGCUCGACAGAGGAAAAAUAUAAAGGACUUAUCCAAGACAUUGAAAAAAGUCAAUAAAGGUCUGACAGAAGAGGAGAAGAAUGCUGUGGAAAAGGUCAAAAGUCACAUUCAGGAUAUGCCGACCAUUUUAAAUCAAAUGGAAGCAUUUCUUCCAAAGGAAAAUGGGCUCUAUCUUACCCUUGUCCUUGGAAACGUGAAUGUCAACCUUCUGAGCAAAGAAUCCAAAGCUGAGUACAAAGAUGAGUAUGAAAAGUUCAAACUAUGUGUGACAUUGAUUAUGUUCCUGUUGACCUUCUUGUGUCGCUUCUUCAUCAACUACAGAGUUGUGGAUGCGCUUCUGAACUUCGUGUUGGUGUGGUACUAUUGCACCCUAACAAUUCGUGAGAGCAUACUCAUCAGCAAUGGCUCCAGGAUUAAGGGCUGGUGGGUUUUCCAUCACUAUAUUUCCACCUUUCUAUCUGGGGUAAUGUUGACCUGGCCUGAUGGUGAAAUGUAUCAGUCAUACAGGAACCAGUUCCUGGCCUAUUCUUUGUAUCAGAGCUUUGUGCAGCUUCUUCAGUACUACUAUCAAAGUGGAUGUCUCUACAGACUUAAAGCACUAGGAGAAAGACACAAUUUGGAUCUAACUGUCGAGGGAUUUCAGUCGUGGAUGUGGCGUGGAUUGACCUUUCUCCUUCCGUUUCUCUUCCUGGGUCAAUUUUGGCAGUUUUGGAAUAGUAUAACUUUGUUUAGAAUGGCUCAGCUCCCAGAGUGUAAGGAGUGGCAGGUGUCCAUGUGUGGUUUUUGCUUUCUGGUUCUGUUUACUGGAAACUUUUUAACCACUCUUGCAGUUGUUCGUCACAAGCUCAAGAAUGAUGAGAAGAUCAAGAGGCUGUGAUUUUUUUCCCACUAGUUUUUAAACAGAGAAUGUAUUUCAGUUUAGUUCAUUAUGUUGUACUUUUAUCGUGUUAUAUUUAUAAAUAUUGCUAAAUAAAAGUUGUAAUUGCAUUUUUAAUAAGUAAUCAAAUAAAAUUAUUAUUUUAUAUAAUAAUGUUAUUUACAUAGAUUUAACACAAUACAAUACAAAUUUAAAAACAAUGU